GAGCCACGAAAACCUAGAUAAGCCGUCUGAUCCUUAUACCACUAUAAGUUAAGAACGAAAUAUAAACAGAAGUUCUCAAAAACAUAAAGCUCUUCAACUUCAAUUUUCCUCUAUUUUAGAGAAAAGAAACCGGGAGUCGAAUCAUUUGCGACGAGUGUUUCCUUACGGCGUAUAAUAUAUGAUAUCGUCUGUAAUGUCACGUACGUUACUCACGUAACGCACGCGUCGUGUAGAUCGAUGUCUGCCCCAGGUGACAGGUGGUCGUAAACAUGCAUUGGGUGGAAUAUUUCUACAGUAUUGACAACUAAAAAGUCAUGGCUUAAUUGUGAUGGCAUUUAACCCUAAAGAGACGGGACAUAAAUUUUCAGCUAGGUAUAAAACUCGGAACUCACCAGACAAUCUUCACUUGAAAAUAGUUUUCAACUUAUUCAGUCAUACAAGCUCGGGAAACUUACAAAGAUGUACUGUUUUAUUCUAAUCGCAAGUCUGGUGGCGGUGGCUGUUUCAGAACCAAGCACCACCUAUGGAGACAACAACAACAACGGGGGAUACCAUGAACGCGUCCACUAUAGCACAAGCAAGAAGAGCUACGGAAACGCACAACAAAACCAGGGGUACGGCGACCCACACCAAAACCAGGGAUACGGUGACCCAUACCAAAACCAGGGAGGAAAUGUACAUAAGCAGUACUCCCACAAGUAUCAGAAAGUAGAAGUCCGCACUGGGGGGUACGGGGAUAAUAACCAAGGGUAUGGAAAACAAGAACAGGGAUACGGUGCACAUCAAUCACAGGGAUACGGUCAAGAACAACAAGGCUACGGCGUCGAGACACACGAAGGAUAUGGUAAAGCCACUAACUGCUACCAAUGCACAUACGCACCACCUAAAUACGUAACAAAGACAUACGGACACAAGUACGGAGGCACCAAGAGUGGAUACGAAGGAGACAAGCACUACGGAGGUUAUGUCAAGGGCAGCGAGACCAACAAGGUACAGCCAGGAUGGGACAAGUGCAAGGGGCCAUUCGACCACUACCAGGCAAAGGCUUUCGGCAUAGACGUGUGGAAGUGCCACGAUAACUGUUACGUCAGGAAAGACCCCAAUGGACACGUGUUCAGAGGCUGUUACAAAGGAGAGUUCGGAGUGAACCCCAACAUCCUUGGCUGCAGCUACCAACAGGGCUCCCUCUAUUGCUUCUGCAAAGGAGACAAAUGUAACAACUUCGCCGCUGGACAGAGCUAUCCCCAUUAAACUAAACGAAUGAGAUGAUCACAUAUAAUAUAAUAUUGGAGAAGCGAUAGAAGACAAUGAUCCACGGUCCAUGUAGAAAUCCAAGCACUUGAUUGGAUAAAGAUGAAAUGUUUUAUGUAAUGACGUGUGACACUUGGGAAAAUAAAAUAAUUGUCUCAUUUA